AUGCUUAAAGCAAUUUUGGCAUUGGAUUCUUGUGUUCUGGAUAUUGAUCAGGUUGAGAACCUCAUCAAGUUCUGUCCUACAAAGGAAGAGAUGGAGGGAACAGCCCGAGGAUCAGCAGUAGGAUUCAAAUUGGACAGUCUUCUCAAGUUAUCUGAUACCUGUGCAAGAAAUAAAAAAAUGACUUUAGUACAUUAUGUGUGUAAGCUUCUUGCUGAGAAAAAUGCCAGAACUGAUAGAAUCUUCUCAAUUUGGUUUUCUUCUAAGAUCCAACUAGAAGCAUUAGCUGAAAAGAUGCAAGUUGUGCAUAAAGGUUCAGAGAAGGUUGAGCAAGAACUUACUGCUUCUGAAAACGAUGGUUCUAUAUCUUCAGGAUUUUGCAAGGUGUUGAAGAAUUUUCUUGAUUUUGCCGAAGCUGAUGUGAAGUCACUUACAACAUUGUAUAACAGCAAACACAGUGCCAAUAACACACUUAACCCGUGUUCAUAA